AUGGCAAACUCGAGUUCAGAAGUCGUGGGCGCGUCACAGCCAUCUAUUCAAAUCUCAUUCCCUCUUCCAAAGGCUCCAGAGACCAAUAUCCAUCUUCACCUGACAAUCAAUACAGUUUCAAUACUAUUGUUCCUCACAACGGCAUUAAAUGGCGAUACUUCCACUGCACCACCGCUAGGUUCAUUCGUCUAUGCGCUUCCCAAUAGAAUGAAUGCUAGUCAGCCACUUUCUACACCCUUGUGUGUCUACGAAUCCUCAGUCGAGUUCACGACCCGUCUUGCAAAAUUGUUAGCGCGAAAGACAGGAAAGCCCGUCUACGUUGGCAAUUCCAUCAGCUUCGCAAGUGCAGGAAUGGGCGGGACUGUGGAGGAGGAGAUGGAAGGUUUCAAGAAGGUGGUGGAAAUUGUCAUGGAACAAGUGCGAAAGACCGAAGGUGAAGUGAUUGUGAAUGGUACCAAUGGCACUUAA